CCCUACACAUCAAUUACGGGCCGUUCCAGGAACGUCAAUCAUAGGGAAUGUUGAUAUCGCGAACCAACAACAAGUCAUAACCGAAGAUGUCCACAUCAAGACCGCGAUCAGCAUGGCUGCUACUAGCGAUUGCGAGUGGAGCUUGCGCAGCCUUCAACGGAGUGUUCGCAAAGCUCACAACAACAGAGCUCACGACCUCAUGGGCGCAUUCAAUAUCCAAAGCCCUCUCCAUCAACCCCUCAAAUAAACCCGUUGAAUUCGUCAUUCGGGCGGUCUUCUUCGCCCUCAACCUCCUCUUCAACGCCGUAAUGUGGGGUCUCUUCACUCGCGCCCUGACUCUCGCUUCCUCAACGGUGCGCGUCAGCGUCAUCAACACGUCUGCGAAUUUCAUGAUUACGGCGAUUUUGGGGGCGGUGAUCUUCUCGGAGCAGUUGCCGGGGCUAUGGUGGAUUGGGGCCGGGCUUUUGGUGGCGGGGAGUGUGAUUAUAGGGAGGAGGGAGGAGGGUGCGAAGGAGGAAGGGGAGAGAGCCGGGGGGACGGAGCCGUUGGUUGGGGAUGGUGGUGGUUUUAAGGACGAGGAGGUUGAGGAGGAUGAUCUGGGGGAGGGGAGUGAGGUUGAGUUGAGGAGUGUGCAAGGGAGGGGGGAGGGGGGAAGUAGUGAGGAUGAGGAUGGGGUUCUGAAGUGAUUAGGAGUCAAGUUGCAUGAUUUUCUCCCAUGUUUCUGUUCCUCCAUGCAGAAUAUGAGCAAGAUUUCAAGUAAAGACCCUUGAUCGCACUUCGUAGCACGGAAGUUGUAGAUUUCACUGAGCAGGUAAUACGCAUGUGCGUACCUUACAAGGAGUGUAGAGCACUCCGAACUAGUGAAUCAUGCGACUCAAUAUCGAUAAGGUAG